AUGGCUCCGAUCAAUCUGUGCGCACAUCGACUCCAGACCCGAGACUACCCCUUCUUUCGCACGCUGGCUAGGCUGGGAGUGGUCAAUGCGGAUCCGAGCAAGCCUCCGAUUUGUACCGCCGAUGAGCUUCACUAUGUCACCGUCCAUAAUUCCGAUUGGCGCCUCGCUCUCUGGCGCUACAAGCCUCCUCGCGCCUCCGAGGAAUCACCCCCUGGUGCUUUUGUCUGGAGUGGGACGAAUGCGAUUGGAUUUGAUCUCUCCCCUGGGUCUUCAUUUGCACGUUACAUGUCUAGCCAAGGAUUUGAUACAUGGAUUCUGGAAGUUCGUGGGGCUGGGUUGAGCACCAAAGGAAUGAGGAUCAUGGAGGGCAGGAAACCUACCCAUGCUAUUUCUGAGCAGAUUGAUUCCACUAUUGAUCAUUACAAGAAUGGUGCGUACUUCAUUUUGCAGAAAUAG